UACAAAGCCUCGCGAAAGAGAUAGAGACGAGUUUCGGAUUUUCUUUUUUAUUUUCAACCUAGGUAAAUCACUUACCGGACAACAGUUCUCACACCGCAAGCUCAAACGUCACCGACUCCCCCGCCCACACACACAAGGAUGUCCAAACCGACACUCGUCUCAAAGCCAGUCGGACCCAUCGGAUACGGCCUCAUGGGCUUGACGUGGCGUCCGACGCCCCAGCCGGCGGAACAAAGCUACGAGGCCAUGGCCAAGGCGCUCGACCUGGGGGCGAAUUUCUGGAACGGCGGCGAGAUCUACGGCUCUCCGCGGCGCCACUCGUGCCACUUGCUCAAGGAGUACUUCACCCUGCACCCCGAUCACGCGGACCGAGUCGUGCUCAGCAUCAAGGGGGGCUGCAAGCCCGGCACCAUCGAACCGGACGGGUCGCGGGAGAACGUCCGGCGGUCGGUCGAGGACUGCCUCGAGAUCCUCGACGGGACCAAAAAGAUCGACAUCUUCGAGUGUGCGCGCGUCGACCCGAACGUGCCCAUCGAGGACACCGUCGGCCACCUCGCCGAGCUCGUCAAGGAAGGCAAGAUUGGCGGCAUCGGACUGUCCGAGGUCAAGGCGAGCACGAUCGAACGCGCGCACGCGGUGCACCCCAUCGCCGCCGUCGAGGUCGAGGUCAGUCUCUUUGGCAGCACGGACAUCCUGAGGAACGGCGUGGCCAAGACAUGCGCGAGGCUGGGCAUCCCGAUCGUCGCCUACAGCCCCCUCGGUCGAGGAGCCCUGACGGGCGAAGGUGUCCGGAAGAACGCCGACAUCCCCGACGGCGAUUUCCGCAAACACAUGCCCAAGUUUCAGGACGACGUGCUCGAGCAGAACAACCGCGUCGUGGAUGAGGUGGGGAAGUUGGCCGAGAAGAAGGGCGUGACGAGGCCGCAGAUCGCCAUCGCCUGGGUGAGACAGUUGAGUGGACGCACGAUCGAUCUCAAUGGGGAGAAGGUGACUCUCGGAACCGUCAUCCCCAUCCCUGGCGCCACCAAGAUCGAGAGGAUCGAGGAGAACACGAAGCCCGUCGAGUUGACCGACGACGAAAUGAAGGAGAUUGCGGACAUCUUGAAAUCCAAUCCUGUCGCGGGCGAUAGGUAUCCCAAGGCCGGCAUGCAUUUGGCGGACGGAUGAUAUGGUGUAAUAAGAAACGAGCAUGAUUGGGUUUUGACCUCGUGAAAUAGCGGCCACUGUAGUAUGGCAGAAUACUGAAUCAUGUCGUCUCUCUCUCUUACCUAGUGGCAUACUCCCAGUCCGCACGGAGAGG